CUGUUCAAAAGAACCGACCAUCAAAAACGACUCGAACUUCGCCUCGCUAGUUCAGACUACAGUAAUCGAGCUCCGGUGACGCGAUAGCGUCGUUAGCUUCCUGGCUAACAGCGCUGAAGAGAUGGCAUCCCAGGACCAACCUGACCCGCAAAAUCAGAAUGCUCCUUCAGCCAGGGAAGACGCGGCUCCGAGAGAAGCGCUGAUCGCUACGGCAAUGAGGUUUCUACAAAACCAGCAAGUUCGUCAAAGCCCCCUGGCAACCAGAAAAGCUUUCUUGAAGAAAAAAGGUCUUACUGAUGAGGAGGUUGAUCUGGCCAUCCAGCGGUCUGGUAAUACGGACGAGCCACUAGCUCUUGCAGUUCCGGGACCCAUGCACUUUGCUCACCCUGUUCCUCUGGCCCCGCACAGUCCCUCAGGUUACAGAUGGAGAGACUACAGUGCCCUGGCUGUCAUCCUGGCAGGAAUAGCCUUUGGCUUCCAUCAUCUCUACCGGAAAUACAUCCUUCCCCUCAUUAUGGGCAGCAAAGAGGACAAGAAGCAUCUGCAGCGGAUCGAGAGCAACAUCGCGGAUAUGAGUGGCACGCUGACACAGACAGUCACCCAGCUGCAGAUGACCCUGGCUUCGGUGCAGGAGCUGCUGGUCCAACAACAGAAGAAAAUACAGGAGCUGACACAAGAGCUGGCUAACUCACAGGCUUCAUCUGCCACCAACCGCAUGCUGGAGUCUCAGAGCAUCAGUGAACUCAAGGCUGAGAUUGUGUCUCUUAAGGGUCUUCUCCUCAGCAGGAGACAGUUCCCUGCUUCACCAUCCGUUCCAAAAAUCCCAUCCUGGCAGAUACCUCUCAAACCGGGGUCGCUGUCCAACCCGCCCUCCGUCAACCACACCAACAGCAGCAGCGACAUUUCACCUGUUAGCAACGAGUCAGCUAAUUCCUCUCCCAUAAAAGAGUGCAGCAGCUCUCAGGCCACCCCGUCCGGCUCACACUGUCUGAACGGAGAUGUGGGCCUGGGCUCCCUUCACCCUCUAGACCUGAAAGACCAGGUCCGUAUGGAAGUCCAAGGAGAGGAGGAGAAGAAAGCGGAUGAUGAGGAAGAGGAAGAUGAGGAGGAUGAUGAUGACGUAACCCACGUGGAUGAGGAAGAUCAUUUGAACGUGCAGACGGAGGACAGGAGAGGAGGCGAUGGACAAAUAAAUGAGCAAGUGGAGAAACUACGACGUCCAGAGGGUGCGAGUAAUGAGAGCGAAGUUGAUUAGAGCUAAAAAAUUCCCACACCCGGACUUCAUCCGUCCAUCUGCUCCUCUUGGUUUUCCCAGGUUUCCUUAGAGUUCAUUUAAGUUUUGAAAUCACACCCUCGUUGUUGUAAAACGGCUACCGUGAGCAUCAUUUAGCACUGUACAAGAGCUGCAGGUGAGGUGGAUUAUGUUCUUUUCACUGCAGUUCUUUACCCUUUUGACUUUUCCACGUGCAAACUUUCAACGUGCAAACCAGGGUGACGGCACAAACCUUCUGCAUGCCUGAACAAGCACAGCAACAGACAUUUUUGGAAAGACCAUGAGAGAAUUAUGACUUUUUUUUGUUUGUUUGUGUGUGUUUUGCAAUCAGUCAGAGUCCAUACGGUUUCCUUUAAUGCUAGCUAUUUUACUGAAGACUGUAGUGGUUUAAAAAUGUCUGUGUAAAGUGUUGGCUUACCUAAAAGUGAAAAUUCUGACGGCAUUUACUCAUCCUCAUGAAAUUCUAAAUCCAUAAAGUUUAUUUUUUUGUCUUAAAAAACUGUAUUUUGGUGGAAUUUAAUUGGAAGCAUAUCAAUUUCUCAGAUUUCAUUUAAAGUUUGUACAUCUAAAACUCUGACAAGUCAAAACAAUAAUAAAGAGAUUGUAUCUACUUGAAUCUAGCAGUUCAAUCCAAGUCUUCUGAAGGUACAUGACAACUUUGAUAAACAGUUUUAAUUUGGGCUUUUAUUUGCAUAUUAACAUUGAUCAGUGAACAUAAUCAGAAGCUUAGGCAUGAAAAAAGUUAAUUCCUAAAAAACUUCAAACAUGCUAGAGUGACAAAAUAAUGGACAUUAUUGGUCUUUGUGGAAGCUCAAACAUGCCACUUGACAUCCAAGGUUGAACUUCAUUGUUUCUCGCAGAACUUUUGCAGUUUUGGAGUCUUGUUUUUAGCCCAAAUACCUAAAACUUCUUUAAUGAAGAAACAUUUUCUGGACAAGUGAAGAAAAUGAUCAUUUACGUUAUUAUAGAUUUAUUAUUUAUUGGUUUUCAGAAAUAAUAAAUCAAAAUUAAAUGUGUUUUUCCUUAAAACAAGCAAAAUAAUCUGUGAGUGGUGCAAGUAAAAAUCUUUUUUUUUUUUUUUUUGGAAAAUAGCUUAGAAGUACUUGUCUAUAAAAUGCAUCUUGAUUUAAAAAGAAAAACAAGAGAAAAGCUCAAAGAAAGGAAGUGUGCCACAUGAUACCCAUGAAUGUACCUCAUUGGUUCUUGCAGAAUCUCUAAUGUACAUGUGGCAUUCAAGAAAGGACCUCAUUGGUUUUUUUAGGAAGCUGGCGUGACAAGAAUUAUCUUUUUUGUGCACACCAGGCAAACAUGUUUAAACUUCCAUAAUUAAAUAUAAGUGCUACAAAUAUUGCUUACUUAUUAUGGUUUUUAUGUAUAUAAAAACACAAAUCUGUUUAUCAUGAUUAGCAAUCAUGUCUUUUAGAAGACUUGAAUUAAACUGCUCAAUUCAUUUGGAUUUACAUUUUUCCUUAUAAAUAUUUGAAGCAUCAACAUUUUGACUGAAACAGCUGUCAGUCACAGCUGUCAGAGAGAGAGAGAAAAAAGUCUGUCACUGAUUUGAUUCCGCAUUGGGCCUGAGGGUCAGUAAAUGACGACCAGAUUUUUUUUUAAAUCAUUUGGGGAGCACCAACCCUUUAAGUGUACUCCAGCAUUUCAAGUCAAUUUAAACCUAAUAAAUUGCAAUGUAGGCACUAUAGCAACAAAUCUGUGGCACCAAAGAAUCAGAAAGUUGUUAUCUGAGAUUGUUUCUGUGCCAUUCAGCAGUAAAGACUAGUGGACAGUUAUUAACCUGUUGGAUGUGAAUGUUCAUUAUGAUAGCGUGAACUCUCCUUCAGAUGUUUGAGAUUAUGUAUAGUAGUACACUGGGCUGUAGCAGUCGGGCUGUGCCUUGUGACCGGUGGAUUUAAGAUGAGAAAGAAAGAAAGAAAGAAAGAAAGGGGGAGGGAAAACAUGCAUGAGAACAGACAAUGAUGCGAAAGAGAAAUGUGUUUGUCUCGUUUGUAUCUCUGAGUCUCCAGCAGGGUAGCUGAUUUGGUUUAUGAAGUAUGUUAAUAAUCAAAUGAUCGACAAAUAACAGAUGUAUUAGUUCAUGCGGCUUGAAAUGUCAAGGAGGCUAAAAUCGGAAAUCUAAUACUGAAAGCCUGUUAUAUUGUAUUAUAUUACAUGACAAACCCUCCAGUCCAAAUUAUAUAGGCCUCCUGCAGUGAAUAAUCUUAACAUGAAACGGUGCUGGGGUUUUGUAAUUAAACUGUGUAAAACAAUGGAUGCUUCAGCAGAGGUGCUGACAGUUCUGCUUUUUUCUUUGGGGGCUUUUCUCUCAGAAAGUCCUAAAGGAUGAAAAAAAAAUUUCCCCCGUGAUGCAAAUGGAGAGUAACGUAUGAAUAUUUAAGUAAUGAAAUUACUCACUCGCCAGCUGAUGAGAAACAAAGCCAGAGAGAUCCUGGAGUGAGAACGAGAACGUCGGAUCCAUUGUGACAUUUUCACUUUUAACAAAUGACCUUCAGAGUAACCGGAUUACAGCGCAGCCAGGUGAAUUGUGGCUCUUGUGGCACAACGAAAGAGCCCAACUUUUCUGGCCGUGUGUGUGUGUGUUUCUUCUUAGACUAGGGUUGGCUUAACACUUACCCCACACGAGAAUAACAUAUAUUAAUAUGUUAUAGUGUCAUAGAAACUGUGUUUUGUUAUGCAGUAACUUUUAUUUCUGAAGCCAAGGCUUAAACUCCAAAUGCAAAGAGAAUAUUAGAGUAGCUCAUCCGAAGAGGAGGAAAAAAAGGCAAUUAUUCACUCUUGUCAUAUGACACAAAUCACACAGUUAUGCAUUUCUUAUUAAUUGAACGCAAUAAUUUUUAAACGAAUUAUAAACUAAAUAAUUUAAGAACACUUGAAAAGUUUUUUGUAAAGGAUUUAUUCAAACUGAGCCAUAAAGCUUACAGUUUAUGGUUUUUGCUGUCAUAAUUUGCUGUCAACUUUUUUCCCCAUCUGUUCUCCAAAGAAGAAACACUCUGUAAAAAUAUGGGAGUGAUGCUUUUUUUCCCCUUUUUGACUUUAUCGUCGCAUCAUAUAGCUGUCAGAAGUGUCAUCAGAGUUACCGAUUUUUAGCUAUUUAAGGGAAAGGAAGAGCAUCAGCGUGAGACCGCUUUAGUGAGCGUGUGUGUGUGUGUUUAUGUCAGUUUUGCUUAACCACAUACAGGAGCUCCUGCAACUAGCAGGUUGUUUCUGGUAGCGUGGUGACAGAGGCCUUCAAAUAGAAUAGUUUGCUAAUUUGAGCUAAUCGUGAAUUCGCUGUGAGGGCUACUGAAUUAAUCAUGACAUAAGCCACAGAUUCAGUGCCUGUAUCUCCUUAAAGAUUACAUUCUCCUCUCCUGCUGUGUUUUUAUGGCAGUUUUGGUUGGAAUCGACAUCAUUUUGCUCAGUUCAGCAAAUCAGAUUAGGGAUUUAUUCACUGGUUCUCAUUUACUGUAUGUGAGCUGAGAGUGUGUCGGAUUGGUUUUAUAAGUAAGUUUUCGUCAGAAGCCUGGAACAGUACAAACUGCACAGUGUUGCUGGAUGUUGAAGUUGUUGUUGACACCCUGUUGAUAUAUAUGUGUCACAGAGAUGGUGUGAAAAGAUGAAUGUACAUAAUUGUAAUAAAUAUCUGAUUUAA